UAAAAACUUAGGUGAUGUGUUUACCUCAAUUGUAUCUGUUCCUCAUUUUUUUCCUGCAACCAUUCCUAGAAUGAAAAAAAACCACAUGUGAAUUGAAGCUCUUUUUCUAUAUAUUGUUCCAUUGUUUUCUUUCUCUGCAUCUCCAUUUUACUUCUCCGCAUCUUCCGAAGUUAACUUUUGUGUGCAUAAUUUAGGAAUGUAACUUACCAAAUAACAAUUCCUUCACCGUGAAUUGAAUUCAUGGAACACAUAUUUUCGCUCUAAUUUGUGGUUUCAAAACUUGGAGGAAAUCAGCUGAGAAAUGAAAAUGUAUGAAAUAUCACUCCUCACAGUUAGAAACUAUGUUGCAAUUGCUGCUAUAAAUUAACAGGUUCCGAAUGUAAGAGAUUGCUAUACACCUAUACAUAUUGCAGUUGCUGCUAAGUUUUCUAUCCAUAUUGCAUUGUUUCGGAAUCUAGUUUCCGAAUUUAGGAGAUUUCGUAUCAUAGAUCCCAAAGCUAAUUCUAUUUUGGAUUCUAGGAUACAAAUUAAACUGGGUUAAAAUGGGGGUAUUUUUGGAUUUUUGAGGGGUCUAUGAGCAACACAGGGGGCCUAAAAAGCAAUUUUCUAUUUCUCAAGAACAAAAAAAAAAAAAAAAAUCAUCGUCACCAACAAUGUUGAACCAGUUACUGGUAAAACCAGCUCAACGAACCUUGAACACUUCCCAUCUCUACCACCCAAAACCACGAUUCUGUCUUCAACUCACAACCGUAGCCGAAUCUCCACCGCCUCCAGAAGACGCCACCGUAGCAAAACUAGUCCUCGAAUCAGAUCCAAAAUCCCUCGCCGAAACCCUAUCAAACUACAGUUUCAAAUGGACCCCAAACCUUGUCGACAACGUUCUCAAACGCCUCUGGAAUCACGGACCCAAAGCUCUGCAAUUCUUCAAACACCUAGACCGCCACCCAACCUACAUUCACUCCACGUCCGCCUUCGAACAUGCCAUCGACAUCGCUGCCCGGUUACGCGAAUACAACACCGCUUGGGCCUUAGUGGGCCGUAUGCGGGGUCUCCGUCGCGGCCCAACUCCCAAAACCUUCGCAAUUUUAGCUGAAAGGUACGCAACCGGUGGAAAAGCCCACCGGGCUGUGAAAGUGUUUUUGUCUAUGCAUGAACAUGGUUGCCACCAGGAUUUGAAUUCAUUCAAUACAAUUCUUGAUGUAUUAUGCAAAACGAAACGUGUUGAGAUGGCUUAUAAUUUGUUUAAAAUGUUUAAAGGUAGGUUUAAAUGUGAUAGUGUUAGUUAUAAUAUUAUGGCGAAUGGUUGGUGUUUGAUUAAACGAACGCCGAUGGCGUUGCAGGUUUUGAAGGAGAUGGUUGAGAGGGGAAUUACGCCGACGAUGGUUACUUAUAAUACUUUGCUUAAAGGGUAUUUUAGGUGUGGUCAAUUGAAUGACGCUUGGGAGUUUUUCUUGGAGAUGAAGAAGAGGAAGUGUGAAAUUGAUGUUGUUACUUAUACUACAAUGGUUCAUGGGUUUGGUGUUGCUGGUGAGGUUAAGAGAUCGAAGAGGGUUUUCGAUGCCAUGGUGAAAGAGGGUUUGGUUCCUUCUGUUGCUACUUAUAAUGCUUUGAUUCAGGUUUUCUGUAAGAAGGAUAGUGUACAGAAUGCUUUGUUGGUUUUUGAAGAGAUGGUGGGGAAAGGGUAUGUGCCUAAUUUGACUACUUACAAUGUUGUUAUAAGAGGUUUGUGUCAUUCCGGUGAAAUUGAGAAAGGUUUGGAGUUUAUGAAGAGAAUGGAGGAACAUGGGUGUAAGCCAAGUGUUCAGACAUACAAUGUUGUGAUACGUUAUUAUUGUGAUGAUGGGGAACUUGAAAAGGGUUUCGAGUUGUUUGAAAAGAUGGGGAAUGGGACUUGUUUGCCCAAUUUGGAUACCUAUAAUAUUCUGAUCAGUGCUAUGUUUGUGAGGAAGAAAUCAGAGGAUUUGGUGGUGGCUGGGAAAUUGUUGAUAGAGAUGGUUGGUAGAGGUUUCUUGCCGCGUAAGUUUACUUUUAAUCGGGUGUUAAAUGGACUUGUUCUAACGGGGAAUCGAGAGUUUGCUAAUGAUAUAUUAAGAAUGCAAAGCAGGUGUGGUCGAAUUCUUCGUAAUGUGAAAUUAUGACAAUGUGUUGAUUUGGUUCCCGAGAACAUCCAUUUAUGUUGUCUUCCCCUGUGCAUUAUUACUUUGAUUAUGAACUGGUUGUUUAAGGUUCAAAAAUGUCGUCACAAGUUUGAGAACAAAAAUCAAGUCUUUCGUGGGGAAAAUGAAACGUGUGAGUGGUGCAAGUUCCACAAUGUUUGUACUAAGAAUUCAUGGGACAACAAAUUGGUUUGGCAUUUGGUCAUGCAGUUUAUUGUCCGAGGGUUGAGAGAACUUCCUAAUUCACUGCUGUUCAAUGAGAAAGUACCCACGGUAAAACAUGGUUGGAGCUUUAAAUCGUGUCUAGAAAGGAACAUGGUUUUCAUUUUUCUAGUUGGUUCUUCUGACUGUCUUCAUUGUUCAAGACUAAUCUGAUUGCAACUGAAAUUGAUGAGAAGUCGUUUCCACUCCCUUCAGUGGUUGUAAGCUGUGAUUUGAUGCUUAUCAGCUUAUAUUUAUAAAUAAGUAUUCAGCUAGCAUUGUCAAAUGCCAUUGUAUUUAGUCUCUUUAAUUCUGAGCAAACUAUCUUUGAAGUCUCUCUGGUUUUAGGUAGGAUUCUUUAGAAUCUGAAUACUUCCUGGCUCCUGCGCUUUUAAUAUCAUCAUGUCUAUUGUCUAGCAUAUAGGAUAUCUGGGAAUGGAUUCCUUCCCCUGCAGUUUUCACUGCAGGAGGUCAGGUUCACAUCUCAACCAUUCAUUUUUUAAAUAAAAAAUUGAAAUUGCAGUGGUAAUAAGAUACAAGGCUGAUAUUUCACUGGAAAAAAUGCAUGGGAGAGGAGAUCCCUUCCCAGGAUAUUUCUGGCCGCAACGAUGACAUCAUUAUUGGCAGCCUAUUGUAUGUUGAAGUAUGAGCAGGCAGAUCAGUAAAAGAACGAUACUAAAGAGAGCUACUUGUGGUUGCUUCUGUUGCAAGUCAUCGCAGCAAUUGCAGUUAGUUGGUUACUUGCAGUUAGUUAGCUCGCAAAAUGUUGCCGGCUAGAUAGCUCUAUCCAGUUAGAAAGUAGUUACAGUUAGUUAGAGCCGGUGCUCAUAACCUGUGCCUAUACAAGAAUGUAUUGUGCUCCAUUAUGAGUUGAAUAAAAUCUUCAAAGCUUUUUAAGAAGUUUUUAUCCUUUUCU